CGCUGGCGGGGGCGGGGCCCCGGAGCGUGUGACGCCGGGGAGCUGAGGAUUAAUGGGAAAAGUUUUGGCAGGAGCGGGCGGAUUCUGCGGAGCCUGCGGGGCGGCUGCGGUGUCGCGGGGGGCGUGUUGUGCAGUGAUUUGGGCAUGCGCCUGGCACCUCCCCAGCGGCUUCUGCUCACGGACAGAUGAGGACGGAUGCACCCUAGAGGCUGACAGGAGCUGCCCUGUAGAGGUCCCUCUGCGCGCAGACCCAGAUGAUGCCAGAGCUAUGACCAGGCCUGCAGGCGUGGCACCGAGGGGAGAUCAGCCAUGGAGCAGCCGCAGGAGGAGACCCCUGAGGUCCGGGAAGAGGAGAAAGAGGAAAUGGCAGAGGCCGAAGGAGCCCCAGAGCUCCACGGGGGACCAGAGCAUGCACUUCCCUCCAGCAGCUACACAGACUUCCCCCAGGGCGCCUCGCCGCCCUCGCUGUUGGACCAGCUGCAGAUGGGCUGUGAUGGGGCCUCGGGUGGCAGCCUCAACAUGGAGUGCCGGGUGUGCGGGGACAAGGCGUCCGGCUUUCACUACGGCGUCCACGCCUGCGAGGGCUGCAAGGGCUUCUUCCGCCGGACCAUCCGUAUGAAGCUGGAGUACGAGAAGUGCGAUCGGAGCUGUAAGAUCCAGAAGAAAAACCGCAACAAGUGCCAGUACUGCCGCUUCCAGAAAUGCCUGGCUCUAGGCAUGUCCCACAAUGCCAUCCGCUUUGGUCGGAUGCCGGAGGCUGAGAAGAGGAAGCUGGUGGCGGGGCUGACAGCCAGCGAGGGGGACCAGCACGACCCGCAGCUGGCUGACCUGAAGGCCUUCUCCAAGCACAUCUACCAGGCCUACCUAAAAAACUUCAAUAUGACCAAAAAGAAGGCCCGCAGCAUCCUCACCGGCAAGUCCAGCCACACAGCGCCCUUCGUGAUCCACGACAUCGAGACACUGUGGCAGGCGGAGAAGGGCCUGGUGUGGAAGCAGCUGGUGAACGGCCUGCCGCCCUACAAGGAGAUCAGCGUGCACGUCUUCUACCGCUGCCAGUGCACCACGGUGGAGACCGUGCGCGAGCUCACCGAGUUCGCCAAGAGCAUCCCCAACUUCAGCAGCCUCUUCCUCAACGACCAGGUGACCCUGCUCAAGUACGGCGUGCACGAGGCCAUCUUCGCCAUGCUGGCCUCCAUCGUCAACAAAGACGGGCUGCUGGUGGCCAACGGCAGUGGCUUUGUCACCCACGAGUUCCUGCGCAGCCUGCGCAAGCCCUUCAGUGACAUCAUUGAGCCCAAGUUUGAGUUUGCUGUCAAGUUCAAUGCCCUGGAACUCGACGACAGUGACCUGGCUCUGUUCAUCGCGGCCAUCAUUCUGUGCGGAGCAAUCGAACUCAAGGCUUUGCACUUGCCAGACCGGCCGGGCCUCAUGAACGUGCCUCAGGUGGAGGCCAUCCAGGACACCAUCCUGCGCGCCCUCGAGUUCCACCUGCAGGUCAACCACCCCGACGCCCAGUACCUCUUCCCCAAGCUGCUGCAGAAGAUGGCCGACCUGCGGCAGCUGGUCACCGAGCACGCCCAGAUGAUGCAGUGGAUCAAGAAGACAGAGACCGAGACCUUGCUGCACCCACUGCUGCAGGAGAUCUACAAGGACAUGUACUGAGCCGGUGCUCGGUGCUCCGCAGGCGCAGGGGCCCGGGCGCGCGCGGCCCUGGCUCCGCCGGUCCCUUCCCCUGCUUUGCUCCCGCAGCUUCUCUUUGUGUCUCUCACUUACGGUCUUGCCAACUCCCUCUUCCCUCUGUACCUGUGUCCCCUCCUGCUCCCUGCCCAUCCUGCAUCUCUCCCGUCUGAGACAGUCCGUUCUCUCACCAGCAGCCUAGAUCAGGACCCUCCCUUCCCACCUCGCUCUCAGAAGAGCAGCUCGCCCCACUCCAGGCCAACCCCGCCCCCAUCUUCAGUCCCCGCCUCCCCGUUCAGGCUCCGCCCCCUGUCCUCAGGCCCCGCCUCCUGAUCCCAGUCUGCCAACGGAGCCAUCCAAAGGAACACCCAGCUCUGGGUGGGGCUUCUGGGAGAAGCUUAGUCUAGACUCAGCACCGCAGCCGCAGCCUGUGGUCGCGCUCCUCUGCAGAGGACAGUGGGAAGGGCGCCUGGCCAAGACCCGCACUGCCUCCCGGCUGGAGACCAAGGCUGGGCCCAGACUCGAGCCCCUCUCAGCCCGGCGUCCCCACAGCCUGCCUUUCUCUGCACCAGUCUUCUAGAGCAGCGUGGCUAGUGGCCGCUGCGCUGGCUGCACCCCAGCCCGGUCGGAACCAGGGCUCCCUCCAGGUGGGGCCCUGCACCCCACUGAGAAGGGGGGAAGUGGAGGCUGGUGGCAAGGAACAGGACACUUAAUUCUGAGUCCUGGGGCAGGCCUCCAUCAGCAUCCGCUCCCCACCGGGCAGCAGCCACCCCAUGUCAGCCCCCAGUGCCGGGCCUGACAUUUGCCCCUUUCGCCAGCAGGAGGUGCUGGGCCGGCCCCACCCGACACUUCCAGCGCUGCCUCCGCAGCGCACACCCUGCACUACACUGCAAUCACUUUACCCGCAUCUCUGUGCCUCCCCCUCCCCCUCCCUCUCCCUGAGAGGUACGUGCCAGGCAGCCUCUGUCCUGGGGCCAGGCAGGUCCAAGUGGGCAGGGUGUCGGGGCACACUGCCCUGUCUGUCCGGACAGACAGCGAGCUGAUCUCUGGGAACUGUCCCUGCGCGGCCUCUGCGUCUAUGUGGGCUGGCCCUGUGGCUCAGGCCAGCACCUCAGCCCCUGCUGGAGGUCCAGUCACCUCAGAGGAGGGACCGAGGCCCAGGCUGGUGUGCACGAUCAGCAGGAGAGCCUGCCGGGCCGGUAGGGGUGAGGGACCAGCUAGGGCCUCAUGGUAAGCUGAGCCAGCUUUCGAACCUGGGUUUCUUGUGCCCUGCCUGGUCGUCCUCCUCAAGGGGCCUUUCCAUCUGGCCAUGGCUCUGGGAGGAAAUGGCCUGGAGACAGCACAGGCCCCGCCUCUGCCCCUGCCAGCUGGUGGCCACCUGUGUACCAGGGCCCGUCUACGAGGAGAUCCUGGCCUGUCUGCCCUUGCGCCGGCCAGGCCGACUUCGUGCCGGGGUGCUGCCCUCUGCGCCAAAGCUGUGAAGGAGGGCAGUGCCCGUCCCCGCCCCACCGCCCCGUCUUGCUGAGGGCCUUGGACCUCAGUGUCUCUGCAAUCUCCAAUACUGAAAUGUAUAUUUUUGCUAGGAGCCCAACUUCCUGUGUUUUUAAUAUAAAUAGUGUACACAAACUGACAGAACUUUAAACUUUAAAUAAAUGGGAAUUAAGUAUUUAAGAGCUGACUUGA